AGUUAUCAGUUGGAACAUGACAAUGAAUUAAAAGAUUCAUUUGUAAAGAAUGAUCAGGGACCUUACCAGAACUGUUUGAAGGCUUGGCAGAAGAUAAAAAAAGCUGAAUCUUCAAACUGUACUAGGUGUGAAGACAAUUUGGUCCUAGCUUUUCAUAAAAUGUAAGUUACUAAUAUUCUGCAGUAUAAUUAAUAGUGAGUAAAAUAUUUCAAAAUAACACAUGGACAUAAGAUAGGGAAACUCAAAUUCAUAUCACAAAUUUAUUGACAUAGAGGCAAAUACAAGAGGGUGUGGGGUAGGGGAUUUAGUCUUCAGAAAAACUCGGUGCUCUCAAUUUAACCAUCAAUGAUCUUUAUGUCAGUUUUCUCUUACUACUCAUAGGUAACUUAAUGAAACAUUGGUUAGGACUAGGAUAAUAUAAGGGGGACUGCAUAAAGCUGUGUGAAGUAAAUAAAUAGUGGAACAAGAUAUGUUUAGUUUUGAAAAAAGACAUAAUCAUUAAAAGAAGUUUCUUCCUAAUGCCUUCUGCAGCAGACAAUAUAAAACGAGAAAUAAUUUAUUUAAUAUUUAAAAAACUUAAGUGUUCCCACCAGAUCACAAUGUAGCUCUCUGUCUCUAAGAAUGAUAAUCUGCAAUUUUUUAUUAAUUAAUAUUAUUUAAAAUUAAUUUAGUUUUGAUCAACAUUUUUAAUAUAAUUUUAAAAAAAAUUUUUAUGUAGUUUAUAAUAAUGCAUCUACGGAUCUAGAAUGGCAGCCACACUUGAUGAUUAUGAGGUCAUUGCAACCAUUGGAACAGGUUCUUAUGGAACAUGCAAGAAAAUUCGCAGAAAAAAGGAUGGGAAAGUAUGUAAAAUUAGAUACUUUAAUAUUUUUUGCAAUGCAAUUAAGAAUGUAUUACUAUUUAUAACAAUGAGAGGACCACAUGGUCAGCAAAAAUUAACAAAGUGAAUGAAGUUUCUCCCCUUCAAGAUAACUCAUCAGGUAAAGACAAUAAAAACCUGAAAGAUGUAGAAUUAACUGCAACAAGGGUCAAGGGGAAUAUUGUUAAUACUGUCUAUAUUGCUUAGAAGAGUGCAUGAAAUGUACCACUCUCAGAUCUUUAACCCUUGACCUAUAAACUAUAACUGAAUAAAACAAAUAUCAGUAAUGUAAAUGUGUUUUAUUCACAAAUUUAAUCAGUUAAAAUGUUGUUUUGUUCAUUGAAACAAACAAUUUCACAUUUUUCCAUUAUAAAUUUCCAUAGGGUUAACCGUUGACUUUAACCUUUACUUAUACGGCCUGAGUAAGAUCUGUUAAGACUUUAAUAAUGUAAUUGAAAUGAUUUGACAUGAUUUAGAAAGAGCAAAGCUGAAUAUUGAUAGUUUUAAUUAAAUGAAAAACCUGUAGAAAGGAAUUUGAAAUUUAAGAUGAGUGUUUAAUAGCUAGCUCCUGUAAGGGUAAUUCUCAUAUUAUGUCUUCCUAUCAGAUCAUGCCUCUGCUUUUACAUUAUUUCUUAUCUUUUAGAUUAUGCCAUGUCUAUUAUAGGCCUACCAUGCCUUGCCUCUCAGAUCAUGCCUCUGCUUUUAUAUUAUUUCUUACCUUUCAGAUCAUGCCUUGCCUAUCAUAUCAUACAAUUCCUUCAGAUCAUGCCUCAUCUAUCAGAUCUUGACUUAACUAUCAGAUCAUGCCUUGGGAAUCAGAUGAUUCCUUACCUUUUAGAUCACGGCUUACCUUGCAUAUGAUUCCUUACCUUUUAGAUGAUUCCUUACCUUUCAGAUGGUUCCUUACCUUUCAGAUGAUUCCUUAAAUUUCAUAUCAUGCCUUACCUUUUAGAUAAUUCCUUACCUUUCAUAUGAUUCCUUACCUUUCAAAUCAUGCCAUACCUUUCAUAUGAUUCUUUACCUUUCAGAUGGUUCCUUACCUUUCGUAUGAUUCCUUACCUUUCAAAUCAUGCCAUACCUUUCAUAUGAUUCCUUACCUUUCAGAUGGUUUCUUACCUUUCAGAUGGUUCCUUACCUUUCAGAUGAUUCCUUAAAUUUUAAAUCAUGCCUUACCUUUCAGAUGAUUCCUUACCUUUCAGAUCAUGGUGUGGAAAGAAAUGGAGUAUGGAUCAAUGUCAGAAAAUGAGAAGCAGAUGUUGGUAUCUGAGGUCAAUCUCCUACGAGAACUACGUCACCAACAUAUAGUCAGAUACCAUGACCGUAUCAUUGACCGUAACAAAACUAUCAUUUAUAUCAUCAUGGAGUAUUGCCAGGGUGGGGAUCUGGCCUCCAUUAUUGCUCGUCAUCGUAAAGAUGGGUGAGAUUUUAUUUUUUUAACUUGAAUAUAUAGGGUAACUGUUGACUCUGUAAAUUAAUUGCUUUUAUUAACUUUUAUAAUAUUAGUAUAAGAUGUAUCAACAAAUGUUUGAUUUUAACAGCAAUGAGUAAAAACAUCCUAAAAUAAUUCAAGUUUUUUUAUUUUACUCUCAAUGUAGAACGCACGUCCCAGAAGAUUUUGCUUGGAAAAUACUUAUUCAGACAACACUGGCCUUGAAAGAAUGUCACCGCAGAAAAAAUGGCAAAGCUGUUCUACACCGAGAUCUCAAACCCGCUAAUGUAUUCCUGGACAUGGAUUCCAAUGUCAAACUGGGAGAUUUUGGUCUAGCUCGUGUGCUACAUCAUGAAACAAGCUUUGCUCAGACUUAUGUUGGAACACCUUAUUACAUGUCUCCUGUAAGUCUUCUUACAUGUCUUCUGUAAGUCUUAUUACAUGUCUCCUGUAAAUCUUCUUACAUGUCUUCUGUAAGUCUUCUUACAUGUCUCCUGUAAGUCUUCUUACAUGUCUUCUGUAAGUCUUAUUACAUGCCUCCUGUAAGAGAGGGUGGAGAGGGCUGAGAAUAAUGGAGGAUUCGAUGGGGAACAGUUGAAGUUGGAGUGCAAGGGGUAAAAAGUUUGUUUUAGAAGUUAGAAGGUGGGGUGACGAUGGUGAGAGUUCUGUAGGGCCUGAUCGGUCAUUAGGGCUGGGUGGGUCAGUAAGGCCCGGUGGGUCUGUAGAGCUGGGUGGGUAUAUAGGGCAGGGUAUUUCUGUAGGGCAUGGUGUAUCUGUAGGGCAGCGUGGGUCUGUAGGGCAUGGUGGAUCUGUGGGUCUGUAGAGCCGGGUGGGGAUAUAGAGCAGGGUGGGUCUGUUGGGCUAGGUGGAUCUCUAGGGUAGGGUGGGUCUGUAGUGCAAGAUGGGUCUGUAAGGAUAUUAUGUAAAAAAUGAUGGUCCUUAUCUAGGGAAGAGGCAGGAAAUGGCAUCCCCAUCUGCAUCUCAAAGGUUAUAAUAUUAGCCCAAUGUCACAUUUACAAUGACAACAAGCAUUGUUUCAAACAAUGUAAUAUAGCCAAUCUAUUGAAUAUUUAUUCAUUGUUAGGAACUUGUCAACAACAUGUCUUACAAUGAGAAGAGUGACAUCUGGGCUUUGGGGUGCAUGCUCUAUGAACUCUGUGCUUUGACCCCACCGUUCACUGCCUCAAACCAGAGUGAACUCAACAGGAAGAUUAGGAUAGGAGACUUUCCUCGUCUGCCGCCCCAGUACUCUAUGGAGCUUGAUAUGAUGAUACGAAAGUUGAUACAAGUGGAGGUAAGGCGGUCAGCAAUUUAAAAAAAUAUCUUGAAAGGAAGCAAAAAGAUUUUAAAUUGUUGACACUUGUAGACUUUUACUGCACCUGGUACUAAGAAAAUGCCAUACAUGCGAUCCUUCGUACAAUGGAGAUAACUUUGUGGCCUCUCAUCUGAUUUCAAUUUCUUUAAAGAUAUCUUGUUGAUUAUAGAAUUAUCUGCUUUUAAGUUUAAGUUUAAAAAAUCUUGUUUGUGAAUCACAGAAAUGUCUGAUCAAUCUUUAAAAAAAAUACUUUGCAUAGUUUCAUUAGAAUUUUUAGUAACAACAUUCUUCUACUGCCAGGUCGCUAAGCGUCCGAGCAUCGGAUCAGUCUUGGCAGAUGCCUUAAUCCAGAGCAAAAUGAAAAUUCUAAAUCAGAAAAAUUUCAACAAAGCGGUAGCAGCCAUACCUGAAAAAUCUCUAAUGAGUGGAUCUGGGGAUGCAACCAGGAUAAAAAAAGAAGAUUUGCUGGCCAAGAUGAGGCUAUUGGAGCUUAAGGAGAAGGAGUUGGAAAGUAAGUGAAUCUGCCUUAAGCACAUUUAUGAAAAUGGUAGAUUUAAAGUUCUUCAGUUCUUCUUUGUUUCACCCAGAAGGUUAUUUUAAUAGUUUUAUAUGUUUGAAAAUCAGUCCAACAAAUAUAACAAAAUAUGUAUUGAUAUUGCAAACUUAUUAUUUUUUAAAACAUGAAAAAAUGUACUGGCAAUAAAAAAAAACAACUUAGUUCUUGAAAGAGAUACAGAGUGUUGAGAUUCUGAAGUACUGGUAUCACCCAAGGUGUUUUCUCGGAGGUUUUCCCAAAUUGUUUCCUGAGGUUCUUUGUGAUAAACUGAUUUUUUGGAUCACUGAACUCUCCCACAGAAAGGUUGCAUUAAAGUUAAAGAAGUUAGUGCACAGAGUACAAUAUAUUCCUACAAUGUAUAUUAGUAUGUGAAGAGGACCAACGCAAUAUUUGACAGCAAGUGCGGAGGUGGCUUGACAGUCCUAUUUGUGCCUGGAAAGCUUGCAAGCAUGUAGGACACACAGGUUCUUGGGUCAAAGAAGGAUUAGGGGUGAGGGGGGGGGUCUACUUUUGCUUGUUAUGCCCUUUCUUUGGGCGUGAGAGCUACCAUUACUCACAGAAGAUUGUGCUCCAAUAGUGAGUCCCAUGAGUUCAGGUCCACGAUAUCCAUGGAUUUGAGGGACACUUAUCUUACAGUAUAGAUACACACUUGUGAUGCUUUAUUUUACCAUGUGUUAACCUGUAUGUAUGCUGCAUGUUCUUUAGCGAUUAACUGAUUGAUGACUGGGAUUUUUUUUCUGCAAAAAAGAGGGUCAUUUCCAAAAUUAUGUGACUGGUGCUCUGAAUAAACUCUGUGGUCACUUUGUCUUUGCAGUCGUGUAUUCUGCAACAGAUAUUAACAAGUCUGGUUAAGUGUCUAGGUUUUGCCUAGAUUAUGCGAUAGGGGUCGGGAUUAUUUACCGGAUCUGUAUGCUUAUGCUCCAUGCCAUGCCGACUGUGUGUGAUAAUUAUUUAAAAUAAGACAGGGGCAGUUUAACUUAUAAUGAAACCACAUGCUAGCUUACUCACAUAGAAAAAUUGUGUAUUUUUUUCAUAUCCUAUAAUUAUGUGAAAUUUUACAGGUAGAGAACGAAGUCUAGCUCUCAGGGAAAAGGCAGCUGAAGAAAAACUGAGGAGGUAACGGUUAAUAGACAAUUUUAAAAAUUUUUAUGACACGAAAGCAAAAAUUAGUUGUGAAAAACUUCUCGUAUCAUAGCACUUUAUAUCUUAUGUAUGAUGGAGAUUUUUCCCUCUUGUGAGAAAAUUCUAAAACUAAUGACAAAAUAUCUGAGGACUGCUCAUUCUUUGUAAUAACAUACUACCAGUAUUCUUAUAUUUUAAGGAAAAUAAUUUUUAAAAUUCUUAGAUUUAGGACACUGAAUCAACUACUAAUACAUUAAGUGCUAUAUUUUAAAGUUUAUAAAGGGCCUUGUUUAGACAGAAUAGGGCACAUGUUCUCAGUACAUAGGGCCAUGGGUUGGGAAUUAGUGGAAUUGAAUUUUGACAUGGUAUUUUCUUUUUCUAACUUCCUUUUAACUUCAUAUGGCUGAGAUGUAUUUAUAUUUUGGUGAGGUUUGAGAAUAUAAGUAUAAUAUUUAGCUACAUAUAUCUCAAUCUUGCGGGUAGAGAGAUGAAAUGCAUUGAUUUAUAACAGUAGACCAGUGAUAGUUAGGUCUAAGAUGUCCAUCUUUGUUGUUAUUUUUCAACAAUCAAUAUAUUUAAGAUUUGAAAAAUAUCUUCAUAACCCAUAUAUUUUACAUCCCCCAAUCACUUUGUGUUUAGAAAUGAGCUUGAGCAUCUCUUAAAUCCCUUACCUUAUAAGAAUAUUACUAGAUUUGGGUCUGAACAAAUCAAAAUCAUAGUUGCUCAAGGAAUUCCUUUGAAGUGUGUCGAUAAAUUAAUUUUCAAGAAAAUCUCCUUGAAAAAUUUGCUGUCUAUAUUUUCUGUGUCUGUUUGCCCAGUGGCAGGUUUUAGAACGAUUAGAAGCAAAGGUUCUUUUUCUCACCAAUAAUUUGACUUUACUUAUCUAGAGCCAGGGAGUUGAUGGAAGAAUACCGCCACCGUAGUGACAGUGCCGCAUGUGGACCAACGCCAAGAACUCCAUCACUCUCUCCAUGUCCAGGUAGGCGACGAGUGGUUCCUUCUUCCCACCCUGCUAUGUGUGCAACCCCCUUUCCAAGCUACCUUGAAAGGGCAUGUCCUGUUGGGAAAGUUUGCCCAAUGCCAACCUCCAAAGGUUUAGCUACCAAAAUGAAGAAUGACAUAGCAUUUGUUGAAUUUAAAAUCUAAUAUAUUCAAAGUCUGUAGGUGUUAACUGUUACAACUUUGUAAGCCAUUAAGUUAAAUUGUUAAAUGGCGAAAUACUUCAAGAUACCACAAUAUUAACUCAGACCUACCAUAAGUUAAUGACUUAUUGAAAUAGUCUUUCAAAUUACCGGGCACAUUCCAAUCCUAGUUUUCUGUGAUAUUUUUUAUACUGGUAGCUUUAGUUUAUUAGAAUAGUAAUUGUGAAAUUCUCCAUACCAUUUCUUUUUUUUUUUUAAAGUCUUCUUCUAUAUCUUAAGGGCCCACGAUCAAUUUAUUGAUCAUUUUGGCUCCUAUGCAUGUAGAUGGGAUUUGCAAUGUUUCUGUUACUGGUGGUGAUGAGGAAAUUAUGCACUAGGGGUUUGAAGGCUUGAGGCAAUAGACACAAUGUGGCAUUAUUAUAAACUACAUAAAAAAAGUCUAUUGAUAUGCCAACUCAGCUUCUAUGUUUUGUUGCUUUGAUGUUAAUGACUUGUGGGAAUAAUCAAUAUAUUCGCUAACUUGCUUUUUAGUUGCAGCUUUAGGCUUUGUUGUUUGCAUUAUUUGCUAUAUACUGUUCAGCUUUUGCUUCCACUCAAGCUUAUAUUUUGAUGUUAUCUCAUGAUGAAAUAAUUAUGUGUGUAUUGAUGUGUUCAUGAACAUAAAAUUGACAAGUACUGCGUAUUAAAACUAACUUUCCCAUUCCAGUGCUUCUCAUAAUCGAAGUAAUGCUAAUAAACUACUGCUUUUUUAAAAGCUAUUUCACAAUGUAUUUAGAAAUAAACUACAGCUUGUUUAAAAACAUUUCUAUCUAUUUGUACGGGUAUUUCAAUAUUUCUAUUUAAAUAUUUCUAGUUCUAUUUUUAUAUUUGACAGAAAAUAACUGCCAGAGGAUGUAAAUCUCAUCACCAAUACUUUUUGUUUUCUUUUACAUACAGGGUAUUGUUUUGUUCCCUGGUAUACUUAUUUUGAAAUAAAUGUAUUAAAUUGUUCACAUUCCUACUGUCUCUUUUUGUUGCUUGUUUAAUUUUCUUACUAAUUUCACACUAACUCUUGAAAAUUGAAAAGUUUAGAAUAAGAGCAAAUGUGCACGUAGAUAAAUUUAGCAAUAUUCACUAAAUGCUAUGCAAUCUUUGCACUAUGCAAUUGCUUCAUUUUUGUGCCAAUUUUAAUGAGAUUACAAAAUAUAUAUAUGUUGAAUGGUUCCAAGAAUAUGUAAGUCUUUAAACUAGGGGCACUGCCUCCCUUCUUGACUGAAUGUAGCAAAAAAGUUUUAAAAAUAGCACCAAACUUUUAGGGUGCUGCGUAUAGUUAUAACCAGUAGCAGCUUAUACACUGAAAAAUACAGUGCCCCUACCAAUAUAUGGAUUUGUUUUUAUUCCUCUCACACUGUCCACAUAUGAUACAUAGAAUAUUAAUUUUACAAUUAUAAUAAUAAUAUAGUAUAUGUAAAUAUGAUUAGAGAAGUUAAGAAUUAUUUGGUAUUAAUGCUUUUAAUAAUGACCUUUAACCUGCUUAGGCUUUAUUUUCCUGGCAUUCCAUAUUUUAUUUCAUUUUUAUGUUUGUGGUCUUGCAUAAUCUACUGAGUGGAUGAAAUAUUCAAUGAUAAAUGUGUAACUUAACAGACUUAACUUUACAAUAAAGCACUAAAACUAAUGAUAGCACACAUAUAACAGACCUGUUUACCCUCAAACUCUUCAAAUCGUACAAUAUCAUCACAAAAUCGUUUAAAACAUUAUCUUAGUUGUAAAAUAAUAAACCUACAGUAUAAACAUGUAUACACCUUAGAAUCGUACAUUGUACGCCAAAAUCGUAAGAGUAAACAGGUCUGAUAUAAUAUAUAUACUGUCUGUAUGUUGUGGUGUAGUGAAUGCUAAAUACCUUAGUGCAGAGAUAAAGCUAGGUAAUUUACUAUUGAAAUUUUGUUAAUGGAAAUGUUCAAUUCAAUAGCAGCAUACAUCUGAUAUGAAGAGAGGAGGGAGGCAUAGAUUAUAUUAUAAGGAUAUUUUUAAGGUCACCAGUUUUGACAAGCUAUCAUUUUGACAAUGAUCAACAAAUACUUAGGGUUAAAGAAGCCAUUUGAAAAAUUGUACACCAGCUGUGACACCAGUAUACAUUUAUUAUAUAUAACUUAAAGAGACAGACUCAUGAUAAUUUGAUUUAUAAUUUUAAAAACAAAUGAUUUGAUCAAUAAGCGAAAAUAAAUUAUUUGAUAUUCAGUAAUAGUAAUAAUUACAAAUGAAUUAAGAAAACCCCAAACCAUUGUAAUUUUAUAUUCUUGGUACCUGGUAAAACUAUUAUAUUCCCCAUAUGUUAUGAUUAAGUGGUGAAGGUAAAAACCUGACCUCAAUAAUAAAGACUCAAACAUAUAUACUGGUAAUAAAUUCUACGCAAUGACAAGAUGCUCCAAAUUCUCAGGAUUAAUAAAAUCGGCGUUAGCUAUUGUAAUUGUAUGGACGAGUCUAAAGUUAACACAAAAUAUUCCUUAAGCCUUUCACUGUUUCAGAACUCACUGGAACACAAACCAUGUUUUCCAGUGGACACAGUACUCCAGAUGCGGCUAAGAAGCAUGUGACAUUCCAUGACUGCCUCAAUGGCAAAGAAAACCUAAGACAGAAAACGUCUUACUCUGCUCUGAUGCUCAACACAUUCACUGGGUUGUAUGGUGACAAAGAUUCUUACAGCACAGACCUAACUAAGUGGGAUGGAACCAAAGACAACUCCUACAGGGUCAAGGAUAGAGCUGUUGACUACAGGGUCAAGGAUAGAGCUGUUGACUACAGGAAAGAUGACAGGAGCAGCAAAAUAAUAUCCAGGAAUCUCUUGCACUUUCGAUAAUCUUUUUAAAUUUAAAGACACAAGAAUCCCUGGAGUGCCUUAGUUGAAAAAAAAGAGAUAUCUGUGAAAUAUAAACCAAGCAAGUACUGAAUUGCUGCUAUAGUUUUCUGUCAAAACAAUGAGGGAGUCUUGCAUCAUGCGGUACAAAGAUUUCUGCACUGAAAUAAUUAUGACAAGGCGUAUUUUUUUAUUUGUAUAUUUUCAUUUUUGUUAACAAAUGUUCAUGUUGAGUGGACCGGCAAUGUAAAGUGUAAGUCCAACUGACUGGAACCAGUCUAUGGACCAAUUUUUGGGAAAAGCUGCUCAAUAGAACCAAAAAUCAGGAUACUCUAUGACAGCGUUUUCCAAAUGAUGUGUCUUAUCAAACAGUACCAGGCCAUGAAAGCAAAAAUACUGGGUCAUGAAAAAAUUUAUGAAAUCAUAGCUUGGUGUUUUUUGCCACCCAUGAAACUCUUAAAUAACAGUAAAUAGCAUUAAAUCGAGACUAAAUAGGUCAACUUUUCACAGUCUCAUUGUUAGCAGCUAAUUUACCCACCCAGUUGAGUACGUCAAAGGCGGUUUGUUGUAAAUUCUUUUACAUUUUGGGGCACAGACACAGGAUAGCUAGGGAGCUUCGAGGAGGAGUUGUUUUAUUAAUGUAAAAUGUAUAUCCAGGCACAUUUGAGAAUGUGAAAGCAAAAGGCCCAAAAAUUAGGCAGAUGGGUGAAGGAGAAAUUAUCUUUUACUUUACUCCAAACCUGAAGUGUCUAGUUAACGAAAAUCAGAAUCAAACUUCAAUAAUAAAUUAUUCACCAGUUUUCUGUUUGAUUUUUGUACGACUUAAUGCUUUUUAAAGAAAUAUGUAAAAAUUGUGUGGACGUUCAAAUGUGUUUAAUGUUACCUAUUAGUAUUACCCAGGAUAAGCUAUACAAUUUUUAGUGGGUCAUGAAUGAGAAAUAUAAUUAAACAACCCCUUAAAACAUAGUUUUCUUAUUUUGUAUAAAAUUUAAGAUCGAGCAAUGGUGGGGUGGUGGGGGGCUGA